GUGUGUGUGUGUGUGUAGGAGAGCCGGUGCAGUGCACUGCGUGGGCGGGCCAGUGUGCUCUCUACAUCCUCAUCAUGAUGUUUGAGAAGGUCCUCAUCAUCCUGGUCCUACUCAUCCCACAGUGGAAGAAGCUGGCUCUCCUGAACCCCAUAAACAAUCCUCAGUUGGAGCUGGCCAUCGUCAUGCUCAUCGUCCCGUUCUUCGUUAACGCCCUGAUGUUUUGGGUGGUAGAUAACUUCCUGAUGAAGAAGGGGCGGACAAAAGCCAAGCUGGAGGAGCGGGAGGUGGGGGAGGACGUGCGGGGCAACCGUAAGGUGCGCUACAGACGGGCACUCUCCCACGACGACUCAGAGUCUGAGAUCCUGUUCUCGGCUGACGAUGAGAUGGACGACUCAGACGAGGAGGAUGUGCGCCGGCUCACCGGCCUCAAGACGGUCAAGAAAAAGAAGCACCGUAUGGGGAUCCCUGUUUAACCUGGGCCUACCCAGGCUGACCUGGUCUAACCCACUCGUGUCCACUCGCCUCACGUCCCCACUCUCUCCCUCUCCAGGCCCCGCUGCCCUGACUGGAGCCUCCUGGGAACAUGUCUAGAUUCCUCUAACAGCAGGCUUACAUUGGUCUCUUUGUGGAGUGAGUAGGGUGCCUCUGUAGGGAGGUGGGAUCAUGGAGGACUGCAGAUCAUGGAGACUAUUGGACUGCAUUUACUACACAUUCACAUGGGACUCCUGCAGCCUCUACACUGGGAAUAUAAACACUUGGAAAAGUAUUUUGCUGCAGCUAACAACAUACCAUGUCUAUCUGAGAUUUCACCAUAGAUCUAUCACUCGUGGUUGUGACACUCAUUGGGGAAAUUAAUUGUUAUGAUUGGGAAAACCGUUAACACUGGUGUAUAGUAGGAACAUUUGGAUGUGGGUGAUGCAGUAUAAUUGCUAGCACCCCUUCACUGUGGUUCCACACUGACUCUUAAGAGGCCCAGGAUAAUAUUAACUGCAUCAGGUUAAGCUGUGAAUGGUUGUUACUUUUUCUGUGGUUUAGCAGGUGACCCCUGUUGGAUGUAGAGGGAGAGAACAGGCACCUGGGAUUGCGCUCAGCGUUUUCCCCUGCCUUCAAGCAAACCUCUGUCAUUUUAACAUUUUAAUACAUUUGAUACUUAUCUUCCAAAUCUAAAAGUGAUUGUAUUCCUCAUUUAGAUUCCAUAUAUAAAAUGUAUGUGCUCCUCAACUAGGCUGACUGCAAUGGCCUGUCAUAAGAGUUGGUGGAGGUGUGUGUCUGUCUGUGUGAAGUUCCCAUUCAUGCAUGUAAGGGAAUGUGGGAAGUUUAGGAUGCUCCUAUGGAGGCUUUGCUCUGUAAACAUGCAGUGUUUUAUAAUAACCACAGCACUCACGUUUCUAACUCCUCUAAGCCUAUAUCAUGACUGCAGAGGGAGGACCGGUCAGGACAGUGCAGCUUGGCUGUGCGUGUCUCAACCAUGCACCACCCAACCUUUAACCCAAGGGACCAAGACCCCUAUUCCAGGCGCACCCAGUGAUGGUACAGCCAGGGUUUAGGUCUGCAGGCCUGGAUCGGACCCUUCUUUCUCUGUGUAUGUGUGUAUGACUGUUAACUGGGAUCUCUUCUGUUACCUAUUUAUUCCUUGUCUUUGGUGUGUCCUGUUUAUAAUUUUUUUUUACAGUAAGUUAUUUUGGGCCAAAACCAUGAGGCUGAACCAACACCAUGCGUUCUUAAUUCAGAGACGGAGUAGAUAUGGGACAUGAGGGUGUGUCCUCAGAACCAACUCUCAAACUCUCUGCUCUUGACCACAUUACUGGUCUAAGGAUGUUCUUUGUUUGUUUUGUAUUUAUUUUGUGUUGUUCAUACUUUGUUUUCGACAAUGUGCCUGUGUGAAUUUACCGUGUUGUGGGUGUUUAUCUUGUGCCUCAGAUCUUCAGACUUGCAGUAGCAUUCAGUUGGUUUGGCUCCGAUGUUGAGAACUUGACAGAAGCUCUUACCUCUAGACUGGGAGUGACUUUUGGACCGGUGUACAGCCUACAGUACGGUGGAGAGAGCAGAGCGGGUAUGUGUCAGUGUGUGCAGUGUUUUAGUACUCGACUGGUCUCUGUCUCGAGUCCAGUCUCGAGACCACAUAUUGAGUGUCUCGGUCUUGUCUUGGUGUCGGGAACAUUUGUACUCUGUCUUGACUCGGUCUCGGACAGUGAGGACCCGUAAUUUCUUGCCAAGACCAACAGAGUAAAAGAUGUAUAAUUAUCAGCUUCCAUUCAGUCAGCGCAUAAAACUGCUUCGCCAGGCCAAAUAUACAGUG